UAUAUUUCUGUAGGGGGCUUAGAAGGGGGUCAAGCUCAAAACCAAGAGGAGAAGGAUUUCCACAGUAAGCACAGUAUUUAAAAACAGAAAAGAAAGUGGCAAUACGGAGAGAAAGCUCCAUCCCAAAUAUGAAAGAAAUGACUGAAAAAGUCCCACUGGAGCAUGCCAUUGGGAGCCAGGAUACCGAUCUGGAUUUGUCGGCAAUCAGGAGAUUCAGAGAUAGUAUUUUUUGCUCUGAAGAGGAUAACAGUCUGUAUUUUACAUACAGUGGCAAAUCAAAUGUCCUAGAAGUCAGAGAGCUCAACUACCAGGCUAACAUGGCAUCUCAGAUUCCCUGGUAUGAGAACCUAGCAGAGCUGAAAAUGCCUUGGAUGUGGAACAAAGGCCCAGAUUCCCAUGUGCCAGCAAUCCAGAAUCUGAACUUUAAAGUUCAAAGCGGACAGAUGCUAGCUAUUAUAGGAAGCUCUGCCUGUGGAAAAACAUCCUUACUUGAUGUGAUAACCUGUCGAGAUCAUGGUGGAAAAAUUAAAUCUGGCCAAAUCUUAAUCAAUGGAAAACCCAGUACUCACCAGCUUGUUAAGAAAUGCAUUGCACAUGUGCGGCAGGAUGAUCGACUACUACCCAACCUAACAGUCAAAGAAACAUUAUUAUUUGUUGCAAAACUGCGUCUCCCGAAGACUUUUUCAGACUCACAAAGGGAAAAAAGGGUGGAAAAUGUUAUUGCAGAACUGCGGUUACGACAGUGUGCAAACACAAGAGUAGGGAAUGAAUACAUCCGAGGUGUGUCGGGGGGCGAAAGGCGAAGAGUAAGCAUUGGAGUGCAGCUGCUAUGGAACCCUGGAAUACUGAUACUUGAUGAACCCACAUCUGGACUAGACAGUUUUACCGCACACAACCUUGUGAUAACACUAUCCAGGCUUGCCAGAGGAAACAGAUUAGUUCUUCUUUCAGUUCACCAGCCCCGAUCAGAUAUCUUCCAACUCUUUGAUUUAGUUCUUCUGCUGACCUCUGGAACUACCAUCUAUUCUGGAACAGCCCGGGACAUGGUCCAAUAUUUCACAGAAAUAGGCUAUCCCUGCCCAAAAUACAGCAAUCCUGCAGAUUUCUAUGUUGAUUUGACCAGCAUUGAUAAACGGAGCAAAGAGAAGGAGAUGGAAAGUCAGAAAAGGGCAAGUUCACUUGCCACCUUGUUCUGGGAGAAGGUCAAAGAUUUUGAUGACUUCUUAUGGAAAGCUAAUGAAGGAGCCUAUGUGACGACUGUUCACAGUGAACAAAGUUCCCUUUUCACUCCAGAAGAGGUGAUUAACAUGCAUGCCCAUUCAACUGAUCAGUUACCAGGUGGCUUAAAGCAGUUUACUGUAUUACUAAGUCGUCAAAUCUCCAGUAACUUCAGAGAUCUUUCAACUUUAUUAAUCCAUGGAUCUGAGGCCGUUCUAAUGUCAUUAUUAAUUGGAUUCUUAUACUAUGGUCAUGAGAAAAGCAAGUUAUCUAUUCAGGACACAAUAGCACUGUUGUUUAUGAUAGGUGCACUAAUCCCCUUCACAGUGCUUCUGGAUGUUGUUUCAAAAUGUCAUUCAGAAAGAGCUAUGCUUUAUCAUGAUUUAGAAGAUGGGAUGUAUUCUGUUACUCCCUACUUCUUUGCUAAGAUUUUGGGGGAGCUCCCAGAACACUGUGCUUUUGUAAUAAUUUAUGGCGUUCCGAUCUACUGGCUGGCAAAUCUCAGUCCUGAACCAGAACAUUUCCUUCUUAACUUCCUGGCAGUCUGGCUUGUGAUUUUCUGUGCCCGCGCAAUGGCACUAUGGUUCGCAGCACUGUUCCCAACACUGCAGCUGUCAGCCUUCUUUAGCAACGCCCUUUUCACAACAUUCUUCAUGAGUGGCGGUUUCGUGGUAAGCUUAGAAAACCUGUGGCUAGUCCCACGUUGGAUUUCUAAACUAUCUUUUGUCAGAUGGAGUUACGAAAGCCUGAUGCAAAUUCAGUUCACUGAACUCACAUACCAAAUGACUGUUGGAAAUGUUACCUAUCAAAUUCCAGGGAAACUUGUAAUUAAAGCUAUGAAUCUGGACUCGUACCCUCUCUAUGCAAGCUACCUCAUCAUCAUUGGUAUUGGUACUGGUUUCAUGCUUUUAUACUAUUUAUCUCUGAAGUUCAUCAAGCAGAAAUCAAAUCAAGAUUGGUAACAGAUUUUCUUGUGAAUGAGUUUACUGGCAGGAAUGUUCAGGGAAUCAACAUAAGAAUAGAAACCGGAAAUCUGACUCUAAGGGUUAUACUCGUCCAGUGAGGAAACAGAAACAAUGCCACAUGACCAAGAGAGCUCAAAUUUUAAGGCAGAGAAGACUCUCAAUGACUUGCUUAUGAACAAUCCACAGAUGAAGACUUAAUCACGAAAAUUGUAAAGCCAUGGCAGUUCACAAAUAGAUACAGGCUAAAUUAACUGAACAAAUUACCUGCUAUGAAUUAUUUGCUACGCUCUUUUCUAAUGUCUGUGCUAGCAUUUUCUGAUAAGACAGUUGCUACCUUGGCUGGCCAAUGCCUGACAGCAAUAUCCAGGAUGCUCAUUACAUGCCAGCCAUUUUGGGACAUGGUCUGUAGCAUUCCUCAAGUCACUACUUUUGCUCUCCACAAUUUUAUCUCCACUAUACUUGGGGGGGAGGGAUGGCUCAGUGGUUUGAGCAUUGUCCUGGCCUGCUAAACCCAGGGUUGUGAGUUCAAUCCUUGAGGGGGCCGCUUAGGGAUCCGGGGCAAAAUCAGUACUUGGUCCUGCUAGUGAAGGCAGGGGCUGGAUUCAAUGACCUUUCAAGGUCCCUUCCAGUUCUAGGAGAUAGGUAUAUCUCCAUAUAUUAUACUGUGUUUUGGGGGGGGGAAAUGUUUUCUAAGCUAUUUAUAGUUUGCGCUAAAAUCAAUAGUAUUCCAUGCUUCAUCUGGGAGAGUGCUGAAGCAAAAAUAUAUCACCUUUGUGUGACCAGUUCGGCCUCAGCAUGGAUUAUACAAACAAGAGAGCAGUGAGGAGGAGUUGGGACAUGAUUUUAGCUCUAUACAAAGCUCUGGUAAGACUGAUGCUGGAAUACUGCAUCCCGGUCUGGUGUCCACAAGUAAUGGUCUGUGAUAUAGCAGAGGUGAGACUAGAUCAUGUAGUGUGUCCUAGUCUAAAGUUGGAUCUUCCAGCUAGCAAUGCAAGCCAUGGUGCCAAAACCAAUGACCUAGAGAAAGCGAGAGCCAUUAAAACCAUGAUCACUUAACAAGAAUGAGGAGCAUGUGUAGUGCCACAAGUACUCCUCGUUCUUUUUGCUGAUACAGACUAACACUGCUACCACCCUGAAAAUAAUCACUUAAGGUUUCCUUUUUGUAGCUUAAAAGUAGCCACUUUUAGUAAUAUACUGUACUCUUAAAAAUAAGCAAUCAUUUCAUUAACUGUGUUAUCAGCUAGUCCAUAGACAGAUGUAAAAUGUAAGCAGCUGUUUGGAAUGCCUUCUAAGGCCCAAUAGCAUGACAACCAGGCUAGAGACAGAGGUAACAGGCAGUUCACAAACAAGAAACUUUGAAACACGGGGCAUUUGCUGUUCUAAUUAAGAGCGAUAUGAUUGCUCGUCUGUUACAUAAGACAAUAAUCAGAUUCAGGAGAGGAUAAUUCAUGAGGGCAAAAGCAUGGUAGUUAUCACCACAAGGGAAUCAGAUCACUGCUGAGAAAAGAAAAGAGCUUAUUAAAAUCAUAUUGUUUCUCUUAUAAUGUAUGUUUAAUAUAAUAAAUUAAUAUAAUUAAUAAAAUACUAAAAGCAAUACACUUCUUAAAUUCCUAGCCAUACCGGCCCAAGUCUAGGCCUCCGAUUGAGCUCUGCAGGGGAAUUUGAGGCGACUUGGAAUGAUUAAAAAAGCCAACAUUUCACACCAUUUGUUUUAUUCUGAGCAAAAUGACAGUGGCCUUUUGAAUCACAGAAUAUUAUAACCGCUCCCCUGCCUUCAGAAUGAACAAAGCGUCCCCUUCUUGUAAUCAUUUGCUGUGAUAGUUUGACUAAGUAUUAUCUUUAUUGAGAACAGCACAUUUAUGAUUAAAAUAGGUCUCAACACUGUCAAACGUUUUGGAUGUACAUGGCUUACACUUGUCCUUUUAGAAAAUAGAAUAAAAUAAAAGGAUAUGAAUAUUUAGCUUUGUGCAUUUCAUAGGGAAUUCAUCAAUGCUUCCAUAUUAUAAGAGUGCAUUAUUGCUGUUUUGUAAUAUGUUCAGUGCCAGAAGCAUGAUAAAUUACCACUGAAAACAUUAAUGUGCAUGACUAACAAUAGUAAAGCUAUAAAUUACCAUAAUUUUUAUGCCCCCUGCAGCUAGUAGUACAACUCAGUUUUUCAACCUUGUUUUCAUUUGCUGAAUGUAGACAAAUUUACCAUGUUAUUGGUGUCUGCUAGAAAGACAUACAAAUGCAGACAUUGUAUUUCCAGGCAUGAGAUACUGUGCUCCCUGAAGUAUUUAUAAUAUAGACACAAAGACUAUGAUUGUCAUUAAAAAAAUAUAGGGAAAGGAACAACUCCAGUUAAUGUUUAUUCAUCUAAUAACUUAAUGUAUAUUUGACUAUUAAACUAAAGCUGUUAAUUUUUGACAAUGGAAUGUAACAAUUAAUCAGGUGUAACAUGAAAUAUUACUAGUGAUCUUGCUAUGAACAUUUUAAUAUUUGCAGUAUAGGCUAGGUCAAUAAAAUCACAAAGGAAAGAAAAAACCUCGUGUAAGUAAAGCUUGCAGAUGUACAGCUCAUAAGGGAGUGGGCAGUGUGCAGACAUUUCUAAUCAUAUUGUGAGUUUUCACUGUAUCCAUUGUGCUAUUUUUAAAAAAUUGAUAAUUACUUUAGAUAGCUGAAGAUUUAAAGUUAAGCUAAUCUCGGUAUUUGAGGUAUUCAAGGUAUUUUCCAUAGUACACAUCGUGAAUCGUAAGGCAAUACCACAGAUACUAAGGGUAACCCUAUUUAUUUUAGGCUAAAUUGGCUAGUUUUUCAGAGUAUGUGCAUUCUCAAUAAUAUAUUUGAG